GGCUAUUAUAAAUAUCAAUUCUGUGGUUGACUAAAAGUCAACGUGUUAUUAUGGUCGUUUAACUUUUAACAAAAAAUAAUAAAACUUGUAGAGUUAGAGAAUACUUUACUUUGCACGUAUUUCAAAUAUUGUCAUGUAUUUACAAAAUGUUACAUUUGUAGAUAUUUUAACACAUCUUUUAUUUGGACGAUAUAAUUUGACAACGAACAAAUUUAUAAUUCCAACGUCCUUUACUCUGUCAUUGGAUUUUUUAGGUUAUAGCGGAUUAAAAAUUAUGAUUACGUCCACAGGUUAUGUGGCAUAAAUAACUCAUGGGGCUAUGUGGUUGCCUAUACAUAUUUUUGAUAAACUGCUCCACGUAAAUACAUUCAAAAUUAAUUUUAAAACUUGAAAAUGACUAAUAAUGAACCCAGAAAAGUAGCUCUUCUAACAGGAAUAACGGGACAGGAUGGAUCCUAUUUAUCAGAAUUACUUUUAAGUAAAGGUUAUGAAGUUCAUGGUAUUAUACGUAGAGCAAGUAGUUUUAAUACUGGUAGAAUCGUUCAUCUGUAUUCAGACCCUUAUGCUCACAAAGGUGGAAAGUUUUUUCUCCAUUACGGUGAUAUGACAGAUUCUAGUUGUUUAGUGAAAAUUAUAGGAAAAGUUAAACCCACUGAAAUUUACAACUUAGCAGCUCAAAGUCACGUAAAAGUUUCAUUUGAUUUGAGUGAAUAUACAGCUGAAGUAGAUGCUGUCGGGACUUUAAGACUUUUGGAUGCAAUUAGAACGUGUGGAUUAGAACAUUCAACUAAAUUUUACCAAGCAUCAACUUCUGAAUUAUAUGGAAAAGUUGCAGAGAUUCCUCAAACAGAAAAAACUCCUUUCUAUCCUAGAUCACCUUAUGCUGCAGCAAAAUUGUAUGCAUACUGGAUAGUCGUUAACUAUAGAGAAGCCUAUAACAUGUUUGCUUGCAAUGGUAUACUAUUUAACCAUGAAAGUCCUAGGAGAGGAGAAACUUUUGUAACACGAAAAAUUACAAGAGAAGUGGCAAAAAUUCAUUUAGGACUUUCUGAUUGUUUGACAUUGGGUAACCUUGAUUCAAAGAGAGAUUGGGGUCAUGCCAGAGAUUAUGUUGAGGCUAUGUGGUUGAUGCUACAACAAGAAACCCCAGAGGAUUUUGUAAUCGCAUCAGGUGAAACACAUAGUGUUAGAGAAUUUGUAGAAGCAGCCUUCAAAUAUAUAAGUAAAGAGAUCUUAUGGGAAGGUGAUGGAGUAAAUGAAGUGGGCAAAGAAAAGGAUUCUGGAAAGAUCAGAGUUAGAGUAAAUCCUAAAUAUUUUCGACCUACUGAGGUGGACUUACUACUUGGAGAUGCUUCAAAAGCUAAAGCAAAAUUUAAUUGGACUCCAAAAGUAACGUUCCCAGAGCUAGUCAAGGAUAUGAUGGAAGCUGAUAUAGAAUUGAUGUCAAAAAAUCCAAUGGCCUAAAUAUACUUUUAUUAUGUAUUAUAUAUGUAUAUAUUUUUAAAUUUACAUUCCUAUUGUAUUUUACAUUUUUUAUGUUGUCGAUUGAGCCAUACAUGUAUUAGUGUGAUAAUUUAAAUAAAAUUAAGUACAUUUUA